AUGUGGCCGAGUACUUACGUACAGAACCUGGACAGGGGCCCCAUUCACGCACGCGCAGAAGCCAUCGCACGUCUACUGUUGGGAGAGGACGUCGCGUUUGACUUUGACAUGCUGAUCUACAAGGCGCCCCAGACGAACACCUGCACCCCCUGGCACCAGGACGAGGCUUACUGGCCCGACAUGCCCGACAAACGCGCCCUAUCCUGUUGGGUUGCCCUUGACGACGCGACCGUUGAUAACGGGUGCAUGUGGUUCGUUCCCGGGUCUCACCUGCAGCCGGUCCGGCCGCAUCGGGCCGCUAAGGAGGGCGUGCACGUGCUCAUGACGGACCACUGCUCAGAGGAUGAGGGGAGCGCCAUGCCCAUCCCGGCGGGGUCCUGUACCCUGCACCACGGGCGGACUCUGCACUACACCCGCGGCAACAGCACGGGGCGGGAGCGGCGCGCCUACAUCGUCGCCUACAGGCCUGGCGACAUGGUGCGCUGGGAGCGCGAACACGGGUUCGACCACGGCAAGAAGGGAAUCAAGAAGGUUCUUAAACUUGACCAGAAAGAGGACAGCUGAGAGGUGUACUGCUGCGUGACGUCACUCUCCAAGCAGAUGUUAGGGAGGCUUUCCCUUCCUGUGUCAGAGGGUCGGUUCAUCACCGAAAAAGAGAGUUGAGAAAAUGUAAGGAUUUAACCUCGCCAACAUUGGCUUGGUGACUUCCCAGGAGCAACAGAGGAAAAUGAAAUGAUGUAAGAAUCCUAGAAUAUUGAGAAGUGCCAGGAAGUAUUUGCUAUUGGAGGAUGGUGCACAAUAUCGGACAACUGAAUCUACAUCCACGUCAUGCCAACACAAGAAGGAAUUAUGAACAAAGAAGGGACUUUUCACCUUUAAGAUGUGAUGGGAACGAUUGUUGCUGUAGUUUUACUUAGAACGUUCAACCUGAGGUAACAUAGGCCAGUAACCCUGUGUUCUUUUUCCAUUUAAUUUUCAUAUAACCUCAAGACCAUAUGAUGGUUGAUGUAAAUCUGAAUGAUUAUUCUAUCCUUUAAUACUGGAAAAUUUUACUUAGCAGUCAGAUACAUUAGAAGGGUAGAGAAAGCUUUAUUUUGUUGUGAAAAAAUGACCUCCAUAAAAAGGAAUAGAAAUAACUUACUCCUGCGAUAUAAGUUAUAAUCAUGGAUGCUGAAUUAUGAAAACGAAACAUUUACUGUUGUUCUAAUGGACCAAAACAGUGGUGAAAACAACAACAACAAGGAUAUGUUAUUCCAGCCACUAUGUAUACAAUAGAUAUGCAUUAAUAAAGACUCACUUUUUAAAUAUCAAAAACAUUUGCCUCAUUGGCAAUUUGUACAGUAGAACUCUUUCACAAUCUUUGAUACAAAUUUACAAAAUCAUGGAUAUAAACUUGUUAAAUCUUGUAACAUACAA